AAAUAGUAUUCAGUUUAUUCAAAAAUAUUAAAUCAAAUAGUUUAAUGCAUGAAAAGAAAAUCAAAGUUAGUUUUUAUCUUAUCGAUGCAAAACAAACUGAAAAAUUGUGUGAGGUUAACUACAGUCAAAAGAUAACAAUCUCAAACAAGGACGAACAAGAAGUAGUACUUCAAAAAUGGCAUGUCCUUUCUUCCGUCGCACGGAUUCAUUAACGCGACAACCUUCUGUCAUCGCUGAAGGUAAUACAUGGGCACUUGAAGAUGAGCUGGCGGAAGAGCCGGAUGAUGCUCUGACAUUGACCCACUUACAGAUGGCCAUACAACUGUUGACAGCUCCUUCGAAUGAUGACCUUAACACGGCUGUAACAUCACUUAUUAGCAAACACAGCAAAAGCUGGCCAACUAUUUGUAAACUAAAAAUCGAUACUGACAUUUUGAGAUCGUAUCCGAAUUAUGACUACUUGGCGGAUAUUCAAGAUAUUCUUUUGGAAAUGGAUGAAGUGAGUGCUAGUGAAAUUUUAGUUUUGCUUGGAGAGGAAUUGAUUUCAUCUUGCUGCACUGGAAUUAUUGAGCGAGCCUUCAAGUGCUUGGGAACGGAUUUGCAAGAGUUUUUGGGAUCAUUGGAUGGAGUUUAUGAUGUACUUAAGUUGCAAGAGGAAGACGUAACCGAUACUGGAUUUGUUUGUGCUGGUGAUGGUGAACUCAUAUUUACAUCUGAACGUCCUGUAAUUGCAUGGCUUCUUCUUGGCUCAUUGAAAGCUCUCACACGAAUGCUCUACAAUGUCAAAGUGAAUAUAAGAAUUGAACCUGUUGAAGGUGACACUCGUCGUUAUCGGUAUCUUUUUUCGGUUGUCCAAGAUGCCGUCACUCGUCGCGCUGAAGUAAUUGCAGCACGUGAACUUUCCGUUCAACGUAAUAAUUCAACGAAUGCAGCAGAUUUGAGUAUGAAUUCUAGUACUUUUUGUAAGGCAUUUCCAUGGCAUUUUAUAAUGAAUGAGAGUUUGGAACUUGUUCAGUUGGGACGAGGAUUUAGUAAACUUUAUAAACCAUACAUGAGCAGCAAUGGGCAUUUAGCCACGACCUAUUUCAACUUUACAAGACCUAAGGGUCUUUCUUUGAAGUUUCGAGAAAUUGUAAGACGAACGUAUACUUCAUUUUUGAUUGCACUUAAGUCUCCACCUGGGGCAACAGAAUUCUCAGCUGAGGGUCUUGAGAUUAAAGGUCAAAUGGUCUUUUGUCCAGAAUCAAAUUCUCUUCUUUUCAUUGGUUCUCCAUUUUUGGAUGGCUUGGACGGCCUUACUUGCAAUGGUCUCUUCAUCUCUGAUAUUCCUCUCCACGAUGCAACUCGUGAAGUAAUUCUAGUUGGUGAGCAGGCUCGAGCUCAAGAUGGUCUACGACGUCGAAUGGACAAGCUUAAGAGCUCAAUUGAAGAAGCUAAUACAGCUGUCGCUAAAGAACGAAAGAAGAAUGUAAGCUUGCUACAUUUGAUAUUUCCAGCUGAGAUUGCUGAAAGAUUGUGGUUGGGUUCGAGUAUCGACUCGAAAACUUAUCCCGAUGUGACAAUUCUCUUCAGUGACAUUGUUGGCUUUACAAGCAUUUGUUCCCGAGCAACACCAUUUAUGGUCAUUAGCAUGUUAGAAAGCUUAUACAAAGACUUUGAUGAGUUCUGUGACUUAUUCGAUGUCUAUAAGAUCGAAACUAUUGGAGAUGCUUAUUGUGUGGCUAGUGGAUUGCAUCGGGCCAGUAUUUAUGAUGCUCAUAAAGUGGCAUGGAUGGCUUUGAAGAUGAUUGAUGCUUGCUCGAAACACAUUACUCAUGAUGGCGAACGUAUUAAGAUGAGAAUUGGUUUACACACGGGAACAGUUUUGGCUGGAGUUGUGGGAAGAAAGAUGCCACGAUACUGUCUUUUUGGGCACAAUGUGACAAUUGCAAAUAAAUUUGAGUCUGGAAGUGUUGAGUGCAAGAUUAAUGUCAGUCCAACUACAAGAGAAUGGCUUAUCAAAAAUCCACGAUUUGAAUUCGAUCUUGAACCAAGAGAUCCUAGAAUGUUGCCAAAAGAAUUCAAAGAUGCUGGUGAUUCGACUUGUUACUUCUUAAAUGGAUAUCGUGAUCCAUAUAUUGACAGUUCUUUGCCAUUGGAAAAUCAUAUUAGUGAAGCUCUUAAAGCUAUUGCUAUUGAAAACUAAAAUGUUUAAUGAUGUGGUUGAUA